UCUGCCGUGUGCCUAUGUACCAAUAUUGUCUGCCUUCUCUAGACGCUCGAUCGGACAGUGCUUUUCAAAGAGCCAUCCGCCUGCAACGACGAACUCUCGUCGUCAACAUCUUUCAGUUCUUCGACAACCGCCGCGGUGUUUACACGAGCUUUAUUUUGACUACACAGAGGACUUGCUUUUUAACGGUUGGCAAUUUCCCCUCCCAGCUGAUAGUGAGCGCCAGCUGUCCGUUGGAGGCUUUCUUGGAAGGUCAUCUCGUCUGGUAAAGAGAGUGGAUGACUAAAGUGUGAAUUGUAGCAAGUAAUAUCGAUUUUUCGAUGAAUCAGAGGCAACAUUAAGAAAAACAGUUCAUGAUGACGUCGAUGAAGCUGAUCAGAUUGACAGCGAUCGUGUUGUUGGCGUUUGCGGUGCUUACAGACGCCCAAUGGUUCGGUAGCAAGAAAAAGAAGGAAGAAGAUCCCAAUGUAGCACUCCUGUCCUAUAACCCAGUGGAUCCGGAUUCGGUUCCACCUGAACAGGCACCAACGACUAGCACAACCACGAGCACCACCACUCCGGCACCAACGACCACCAAGAAAAAAGGUUUCUUCGGGGGUCUCUUUGGAGGAAGCGGAAAGGAGAAGGAGCCUAAGACUACAACCACCACAACGACGACUCCAAAACCCACAACGACAACUCCUGUACCAACUACGAAGAAGUCGGGAGGUGGCUUUUUCGGAGGAUUGUUCGGCGGUAGCAAAAAAGACAAGACCACCACAGAAGCACCAACAACGGCCAAGACUACAGCCAAAUCUGCUGUUACUGUCCCAACCUCCACGGCCAAGUCCGUAGGACCAUCAGUCACUACAGCAAAGGCUGUCACUCCUGUAGGUGUCCCAACAAGCACCGCUAAACCAGGCACGCCCACUUCCCCCAGCAAAGACGCCUUCCCUCCCCUUCCGUCGGUUCCUACUACUGCAGCUUCCAUUCCCAAACCUCCUCCUACUCCACCGAAACCAACCCUCUCGACACCUAAGACAGUCGAAGCUUUUCCGGCUCUCCCUGCCAAACCCGGCAGUCCAACUCCGUCUCCAGUACCGACCUCCACCGUAGCCAACGCUUGGAACAAACCUCUCCCAAAUCAACCCCCAUCCCCUUCGGCAGGAGGUAAGCCUGGCGUGAGUUUCGUCCCAACCCAAGCCCCUGUUGGAGGCUCCACUGCGAAAACCACCCCACGGUACACUGAAGGAUCCACUGCAACUGAUGAUGAGUUGGCCACCAUCUCCGAGCAACUCUUCUCCAAAGAAAACACCAACCUCAACAAACACGUUCGCGUGAACUACCAACGUCAGACCCUCUCGUCUUCCUCCGUUGACGAAGCUGCAGAACCUCUGCUCUCUAUAGACGAACGCCAGGUAUUCGCCGUACCAACAAUCGAAAAGAUGCGCGCCCUCUUCAACAACUACGAAGUCGACACCAUGGUCAACGAACAUGUUACUCCCAUGGAAAAGAAGGAAGAAAACGACUUUGUGGACGCGCUUCUGGCUACCAACGUGAUGCGCACUGCUAUGCUGUUCCUACAGAAGAAGGGAGUCGUUACCGCCGACCCGAAAACGCAUCACGACCUGUUGAAAACAAUCUGGUUCCAACUGUACUCGCGAGGCAAUGGUAAGAUCGGCAGUUCCGGAUUCGAGCACGUGUUCCUCAACGAGGUCAGCAACGGGACGAUGAUUGGACUGCACAACUGGCUCUAUCUGUACGAUCAGGAGAAAGCCGGUCGGCUCGACUAUCAGGGAUACAUCAAGAAGAUGGAUCUGGGAAGCAAGGGAGAAAUCGCCAAGGUGCGAUUGACGUUUGACAAGCUGACUAAACCGUCCAACUCGCUGUUCAUUGCAACAUCUCCAGAACUGGAGAUUGCGUUGUACACGGUGUGCUUCCAAUUGCGACCGGACACCGAGUGCCCGCUGGCUGUCAAUGGGAAGAAGUUCACCAUCAAAACGUUUACAUUCCGUUACCGGGGUAAGAAUCUCAUUGGAGGAGCUUGGCCAAAUUUCUAAAGGCCCACCAUGAGAUAUAAACGUGACAGUGAAAGCAAGUUCACAACAACUCAAGGCAAUUGAUAUUCUCUAUAUAUCGCUUAUAGUCAGUAGCUUUAAUAAAGUUAUUUGAGAGUGUAUUUUAUCGGAUUUAAUAAAAAAAUAAAAUAAUUGA